AUGAGUAGUUUUCUUCUUCGACAUGUAAAAUUAACUCAACCUCAAUUAUCAUUAAUGCUUCAACAUCAAUGUCGAGUAGAAGCUUCAACAUCAUCAAGUGCUUCUGUUAUUCAACAAAAUCCUAUAGUAUUAGAUAAUACAAAACCACCACCACCAUUAGAUGCUGAUCGUAUGCGUAUGCAUCCACGUAUUGGUAAUCGUGAAAUAGUUGGUUAUGGUUUAAAAGGAAAACCAGAAUAUUUUGAUUUGGUUAUGUUUCCUUGUCCAAGUAUUCGUUGGGAAGCUGAUACACCAGCUAUUGCUGAAUUAAGAAAAAAAGAAAAAGGCGAUUGGAAACAAUUAUCAGUUGAUGAAAAGAAAAAAUUAUAUCGAGCAAGUUUCCGUCAAACAUUUGAAGAAUUUACAGCCCCAACUGGUGUUUGGAAAUGGACUAUGGGUUGUACUCUCAUUACAAUAGCAGGUUUAAUAAUGGCUUAUGAUGCAUGGCGACGUGUUGCUUAUAAUUUUGAAAAACCGGAUAGUUUUAGUGACGAAAAAUUAAAGAGACAAUUACAGUAUCAUAUUGCUGCUCGUCAAGGUCCUAUGAGAGGUCUUUCAUCGAAAUGGGACUAUGAAACUGUUUUAUUUAUUUAUUAUUGUUCAUCAACGGAUGAUAUAUAUAAAGAAGAACUUUAUAUUCGUCCAUUAUCAACUGGUCAUACAUAUUUUAAUCUAUUAUUUACUACUCUUGUUUCACCUGAUAUUCUCAAAACAGAUAUAAUUCAUCAUUAUCAUUUAUUUCCGAAAGCUAUUGCCGAUAUAGUUCGUUCAAAUGGUGUUAAUGAAUUUCAUGUUUCAUUAACACAAGGUUUAUGGAGAUAUGAUCAUUGGGGUAUGCCUAUUGUUGGUUCACCACCAGGUGCAGAAGUUUGGUCAUGGUUUAAACCAAAUGAACAACAAGAUGUAACAUCUCGUUGGACAUCAUUUGUACAUGAAUUAGGUGGAAUUCUAUGUGCUUCUCUUAAUUUUGUUGAUUCAAAUGUUAGUACAAGUUCACCUUAUUAUUCUUUUCGACCUCAAUCAACAUUACCUAUUUCAAAAACUACAAAUCAAGAUAAUUCUUUUGUUCGAUAUGGUGUUUUACCACGAGAAAUUGUUUGUACAGAAAAUUUAACACCAUGGAAAAAAUUAUUACCUUGUGUAGCUGGUGGUUCAAAUCAUAAAGGUCUUGCUGGAUUACUUGAUAAUGCACCAAAACUUCAUCAUAGUAAUUAUCAUUCACUUCGAAUGGAUUUAAGACAAAUAUGUGCUAAUGUUGAAUGUACAUCGACUCAACUUGAAUUAUCUAUGGCAUUAGCUAUUGUUGUUGAUGGAACUACAUCAAAACUUGGUCAUAAUGAAUGGACAUUUCGUUCAAUAUUUGGUUCAAAUGUAGCUCAAAUAUGUCCACUUAGUUCACUUACAAAUAUUUAUGUUGAUUUGCAAUUAUCUCAAACACAUUCGUUUAACUUAAGUCCUGAACCAGAUUAUUCAUUUGAACAAGGAAAAAUACCAAUUAUUGUCUAUGAUUUACAUAAUGAAAAACGUAAAAGUACAACAUUUUCGUUGAAUUGUAAUUAUAAUAAACAACAGACAAUAAAAAUUGAUAAUCAAAAUGAUAAAUUUUUACCACCUAUUGUUGUUCAUCGAUAUGCUACAGGUUAUAGUGUUCGUGAUGGUGGAAUUAAAACUAUUAUAAAAUUAAAUGAAAAAGAAAAACAAGAUGAAAUAACAUUAGUUUAUUUCGAACAAAUUCCUUGGUAUUUUCGUAUUUUUCUUCAUACUCUUAAAAUAACAACACUUGAUAAUAAUAGAACUGAAAUAAAACCAGAUUAUAUUUCAUAUGUACCGGGUAAAGAUCGUAAACGACCUUAUCAAUUAGAAUUAGUAAUAAAAACUAAACAAUCAAUAUUAAUUAAUUUUGAAUUUGAAAUGGCUUUUUUAAAAUGGAACGAAUUUCCACCUGAUCCAAAUCAUGGAUUUUACAUUCCAAGUGCUGUUAUAUCAACAAUUAUUCCUUCAAAUUAUAUUCUACAAUCACUUAAUUCAUUUUCUUUAAAUCAAAGUCUUUCAUCGUCGUCUGAUGGUUUUGUUCGACUUUAUUCAGAAACAUUACUUGUUAAUCUUCCAACACCUGAUUUCAGUAUGCCAUUUAAUGUAAUUUGUUUGGGUUGUACAGCAGUUGCACUUGCCUUUGGUGGUUUACAUAAUUUAACAACCAAAGAAUUUGUAUUUUCUGAAAAACGUCCAAAAAUUUCAUUUCGACAACGUUUACAAGAUCUUCGAUUUCGUGUUAUGGCUGCUCGACAUGCUCUUGCACAACGAAUAUUUAGAACAAGAUCACAACAACAACAACAAAAAGAACAUAGUGAAUAA